AUUAUUUCUAGGUUUGUCACGGAAUCCCACAUCCAUUCCAAACCACUCCACACCGCACCCGCUUUUUCUCUAUGCUCCCACUCGCGCUUCUCUCACCCAAACUUUCCCAACCCUAACCCUCUCUCGCUUUCUCCACGAUCGAUCUCCGAUCGGCGUCGCCCUUCCCUCAAAUCGCUUCGGAUUUUCUGCUGCUCCGAGGACUUCUUCACGAUUCCCGCUUCAAGCUUCCGUCGCCGUCCAUCCAACGCGCUCUCGUCGCCUCCAGUUCUCCGCCGAAGGAACCAAUCGAUUCGAUUCGAUUGCACUGCUCUGCCUUAAGUUUUGCUGCGGCUUCACCGGAUUUUUGAUUCGAGAGGGCUUCGCUUCGCCGGAUUCGGAUUCCUCUGGUUUCCAUCCUACUUCGCUCCGACGACGGUUUUCUUGCUCCGAUUUCGUGUCUCUUGACGAAAUCUCAAUUCGGAGUGCGCUCGGGACGAAGUGAAGACUCGGCAUCUGGUUGCGGCUCGCGAAGAAUUCUGGAAGCGGCAUCUUUAUAUCUCAUCUCGUCGUGGCGGUUCGAUUUGUUCGAUCUUAACCUUAGUAUUCUGCAAGUUGAGGGAAAGAGAAAAAAAAAGGCAGAAAAGAGAAAAGAAAGAAAAAGAGCUUCGAUUCAUUAUAGAAAGAGAAAUAUACCAUGGCGGUGUAUUAUAAAUUUAAGAGUGCAAGAGAUUAUGAUUCAAUUCCAAUGGACGGUCCUUUCAUCUCUGUUGGUACAUUGAAAGAAAAAAUUUUCGAAUCCAAGCAUUUAGGGAGGGGUACCGAUUUCGACCUUGUGGUCACCAACGCCCAGACCAAUGAAGAAUAUCUUGAUGAAGAAAUGUUGAUUCCUAAAAACACCUCAGUGUUAAUUCGUCGGGUUCCAGGACGGCCACGUUUACCAAUUGUUACUGAACUAGAACAAAAGGUGGAAAAUAAAGUGGUGGAAUCUGAACCAGAAAACAGAAGCUUUCCAGCUGAAGAUACAUCUGCCAUGAAAUAUCCUGAAGAUUCAGAUUGGGAUGAAUUUGGCAAUGAUUUGUAUUCAAUUCCUGAUCAAAUGCCUGUUCAAUCAAGCAACUUAAUUCCAGAGGCUCCUGCACCUAAUAAAGCUGAUGAAGACAGUAAGAUUAAAGCCUUCAUUGAUACUCCAGCCCUGGAUUGGCAGCGUCAAGGUUCAGAUUUUGGCAAUGGUAGAAGCUUUGGAAGGGGUACAGGUGGACGGAUGGGUGGUGGACGUGGUUUUGGGAUGGAGCGGAAAACUCCUCCACAAGGCUAUGUAUGUCACAGAUGCAAAGUGCCUGGACAUUUUAUUCAGCACUGCCCUACAAAUGGUGACCCAAAUUAUGACAUGAGGAAAGUCAAGCAACCUACUGGCAUUCCAAGAUCCAUGCUGAUGGUAAAUCCACAAGGUUCCUAUGCUUUACCAAAUGGUUCAGUAGCUGUUUUGAAGCCUAAUGAGGCCGCAUUUGAGAAAGAGAUAGAAGGGUUACCCUCAACACGUUCUGUUGGGGACCUACCACCUGAGCUUCACUGUCCCUUGUGUAAUGAAGUUAUGAAAGAUGCUGUCCUGACAAGCAAGUGUUGUUUUAAAAGCUUUUGCGACAAAUGUAUCAGGGACUAUAUAAUCUCCAAGUCUGUUUGCGUAUGUGGUGCAACAAACAUUCUUGCAGAUGAUCUUUUACCAAAUAAGACACUAAGAGAUACCAUCAAUCGUAUAUUGGAGUCAGGCAAUAGCAGUGCUGAAAAUGCCGGGAGCACUUUCCAAGUUCAAGAUAUGGAGUCUGCUCGCUGCCCACAGCCCAAGAUCCCAUCCCCAACCUCAUCUGCUGCGUCCAAGGGAGAACUGAAGGUUUCACCUGUUAAUAUAGAAACAACAAAUAUGCAGGAAACAGCUGAUGAUAGAAAGGCUGUUUCUGCUCCACAGCAGGCAUCAGAGCAAGUGAGGAACCCCAGAGUUGCUGAUGUAUCUGAAGCUACUCAUGAGUCUAUGAGUGUGAAGGAACCAGCCUCACAAGGGAGUGCUCAGCUGGUGGAGGAAGAAGUGCAGCAAAAGUUGGUUCCUACUGAGGCUGGAAAGAAAAAGAAAAAGAAGAAAGUCCGUUUGCCCCCAAAUGAUAUGCAGUGGAAAACCCCACAUGACUUUGGGGCUGAGAACUAUAUGAUGCCAAUGGGUCCACCUCCUGGGUAUAAUUCUUACUGGAAUGGCAUGCAACCUAUGGAUGGAUUUAUGGCACCAUAUGCUGCUGGUCCGAUGCAAAUGAUGGGUUAUGGUCUAGGCCCCUUGGACAUGCCAUUUGCAGGUGGUAUGCCUCAUGACCCAUUUGGUAUGCAAGGUUACAUGAUGCCUGUCAUGCCACCUCACAGGGAUCUUGCUGACUUCAGUAUGGCAAUGAAUGCUCCACCCCCAGUUAUGAGUAGGGAGGAGUUUGAAGCCCGUAAAGCUGAUCUGAGGAGGAAACGUGAAAAUGAGAGACGGGCUGAAAGGGACUUCUCCAAAGAUCGUGACUUUGGUAGGGAAGUGAGCAGUGUUGGGGAUGUUUCUUCAAUGAAACCAAAAACUAAGUCAAUUCCACCGUCUUCGGCUAGCGAUUACCAUCACCACCGUUUCCGUUCGGAACGGCAGUCACCAGAUCGGUCUCCGCGGGAGGUGGAGCCUCCUCGUCCGGCAAAGAGAAAAUCCGAUCAUCACUCGGAUCGCGAACGUGAAGAGAGGGAUCGGGACUACGAGCACGAGCGCCACCACCAUCACCGCCACCACCGAACAGAAUCCUCAUCUAGAAGGUCAUCGGAACCAGUAACCAAAGCGUCAUCCAACGCAGCGUCAGCUGCUGCAGCGGCGGCGGAUCGCAAGCAGAAGGCCAGCGUGUUCUCCCGUAUAAGUUUCCCGGCUGAGGAGGAAGCAUCUAAGAAGAGAAAGGUCAGCGCUUCUUCAACGUCGGAACCAGCUGCUAACGCUGCCACUGCCGGUGGCUCUUCGGCACAUGUCAAGACUGUGUCGAACGGAUAUUAUGAAGGGAGGAAGAGUAACGCCGUUGCGGAUUACGAGUCCAGCGACGAUGAGCGGCAUUUUAAACGGAGGCCGUCGAGGUACGAGCCGUCUCCUCCGCCUCAGCCCGCCGACUGGGAGGAGGAAGGAAGACAUUCAAGAGGAUCGAGGGAGCGCAAACAUAGGUGA